AUGAAUAGAUUUGAAUAUGCUAACCCAGGACUUUUACCAAAUGAAAAUUAUAUAAGACGCGAUACUGGUGUACGUUUAUAUGAUGGCGAUAUUAAGACAAGUUUUGAGGGAGGUGAAUUGGUUCUUACAAGCCAUAGAUUUAUAUGGGGAAGACCUGGUGAUAUAUCACAUGGCCACACUUGUCUCAUGUUAUUCCUUCGUCAUAUAAUCUUUUUUGAAGAAGAAGUUCCUGGUCCAUUUUCCUUUGGACGUAGCAAAAAAAUUAUUAUACACCUUUCUGAAGCUUCAAUUGAUAAAAGGCCUGGUCCAUUGGAUAACAGUAUAUAUAACCAUGUUAAAUUCUCAUUUAAAGAAGGCUUAGAUCCAAAUUUUCUUGCACAGUUAUCUGAUGUUAUAAUGAAAAAAGCUUGGGAAUUAGCACCUAUUGUACCCCUAAAUCAUUCCAUUAGCAGUACCAGAAACAGUGGAAACCAUAAUAAACCAUUGCCACAAAUAAAAACACGAACUGGUAUAAUAGGUAUUGAAAGAAGUCUUCAAGAACAACAGAAAGCAACAGAUGAAAGUAUAUUACUGGCCUUUCAAGACCUAAAAAAACUUAUGGAAAUGGCUAAAGACAUGGUUUCCAUUUCAAAAACAAUUUCAGCAAAAAUACGGGAGAGGCAAGGAGAUAUCACGGAGGAUGAAACAGUGAGAUUUAAGUCUUACUUAAUGAGUCUUGGUAUUGAUGACCCUGUUACCAGAGAUGCAUAUAAGAGUAGUAAUGAAUAUUUCAAACAAUUGGCAAAACAACUUGCAAAUAUUUUAGAAGAACCAAUUAAAGAAGUUGGAGGAAUGAUGACAUUAACGGAUGUUUAUUGUCGAGUAAAUAGAGCUAGAGGCAUGGAACUUUUAUCGCCAGAAGACCUAUUAAAUGCUAGUAGACAAUUAGCUCCUUUAGAUUUACCUAUAGUACUACGAGUGUUCGAUAGUGGAGUUAUGAUUCUUCAAAUUCGAUCCUAUGAUGAUAACUCCAUAGCUGAUGUUAUAGCUGAUCUUAUAAAAGGAAGAGGAUCUUUGACAGCAGAAGAAUUAGCACAGUCAGAAGGUAUAUCGGUCCUUCUAGCGCGUGAAAGGUUACUAGUUACUGAAAAGAGAGGAAAAGCAUGUAGAGAUGAUACAAUCGAAGCUUUAAGAUUCUAUCCUAAUUUAUUUUUGGAAAGGGAUAAUUAACUGCCAGUUUCUUAUUUUGUGUGACGAAUAUCGUCAUUGAAAUUGUAUAUACAUAUAUAUAUUAUGUGUCUUUAUACAGUGUGAUUCUCUCGGCGCGCAACACAAUAGCCGUCCCGCACAAUGGGACGCUGCGGUUGUUGCGGGUAAAGAGACCCAAGAGCCAUAUCGCCGGACCCAAGACUGCUCUGUAUGUGUUUAUGGCUGAAACGAAGACAAGAAACGGAACAGCAGGAGUUCCAUUGUGCGGCACGGCUAUUGUGUUGCGCGCCGAGAGAAUCACCCUGUACAUUACAUACACAAAACACAACAGAACUGAACAUUAAACAUUACAUAAAAUACAAUGUAUUGACUAAAUUUUGAAAAAUUUGUUACUCUUAUUUUGCAAUUAAUAUUUCUUUUAAUCACAGCUAACUUUUUAUAAGAAUAAAAAAAAUUGUAUAUUGCAAAUGCACAAAUAAAUCUUGUCUAGUAUUGAACUAAAA